CGGGACAUCUCGAGGUGAAGCCGAAUGAGGUGGCGGCUUACAGAGGGGCGGCCGCGCGGCGCGGCGGGCAGCCAAUGCGCGGCGCGCUUAGUGCGCCGGCUCGCUUUUUGAAUUGGUGUCGGCGGCCGCUCAUGGCGGAGGCUGUCUUUGCGGCACUGAAGAGAGAGACUUAAGACUUAAUCAUGGCCGACAACAGUACACUGAUGUCUGAAACUGGGAGGAGUCUCUUGGCUGAUUCUUCUGUUCUAGAUUCAAAAAUUAUAGAAAACUCAAAAGAGAACAUAUUUCCUGGGUCUGUUUCAGAUGUUGAAGAAGAAAUGCCUCAGAUAGAAACAAGAGUGAUUCUGGUUCAAGAAGCAGGGAAACGUGAAGAGCUUCUGAAAGCCUUGGAGACCAUUAAGAUAAUGGAAGUACCAGUUAUAAAGAUAAAGGAAACUAGUCCUGGUAAAUCAGAAGAAAAACUAAUAAAAAGUAUUAUUCUUAUGGAAAUUAAGGUGCCCUACAUAAAGAUGGACACAAUAGAAGAGCUUGGAGAUUCUGAUUCCCCAGAGCUUGAGACAGUGUUCGUUGUAACAGACUUCCAAGAUUCUAUCUUUAACAACCUCUGCAAAGCAGAUUGCCGUGUUGUUGGACCUCCAGUAGUAUUGCAGUGUGCACAGAAAGGAGAGCCUUUACCUUUCUCAUGUCGUCCACUGUACUGUGCAAGUAUGUUGAACUUGGUACUGUGCUUUACAGGAUUCAGAAAGAAAGAUGAAUUAGUUAAGCUAGUGACCUUGGUUCAUCAUAUGGGUGGAAUUAUUCGAAGAGACUUUAGCUCAAAAGUUACACAUCUGGUGGCUAACUCAACACAAGGGGACAAAUUCAGAAUUGCGGUGAGUCUAGGUACUCCUAUCAUGAAAGCUGAGUGGAUUUAUAAGGCUUGGGAGAGAAGAAAUGACAUUGAUUUCUGUGCAGCUGAUGAUGACUUUAGAAAUCAGUUCAAGGUUCCCCCCUUCCAGGACUGCAUGUUAAGUUUCCUUGGGUUCUCUGAUGAAGAGAAAGCUAACAUGGAAGAAAUGACAGAAAUGCAAGGGGGGUGUUAUUUACCAGUUGGUGAUGAAAGGUGCACACACUUAGUGGUUGAAGAAAAUACAGUAAAAGAUCUCCCAUUUCAACCUUUAAAAAAGCUUUAUGUUGUAAAGCAAGAGUGGUUCUGGGGAAGCAUUCAAAUGGAUGCCAGAGCUGGGGAGUCCAUGUAUUUAUUUGAAAAGUCGGAGAGUCCGGGCCUCAAAAAGUCAGUGUCGCUACUUUCUCUGAAUACUCCAAACAGCAACCGUAAAAGACGGCGUUUGAAAGAGACUCUUGCCCAACUGACCAGAGAAACUGACAUGUCGCCAUUCCCUCCUCGGAAACGCCCAUCAGCUGAACAUUCCCUUUCUAUUGGGUCCUUGCUGGAUAUUUCUAACACUCCAGAGUCAAGCGCUACCAAUGGAGAAACACCCAAAUCCUGUGCAAGGCCUUCUAAAAACUCAACUCCUCUGCCACUGAAGCAGUCUGCAAGAUGGCAGGUUGCAAAGGAAUUAUAUCAGACAGAAAGUAACUAUGUUGAUAUUCUAACAACAAUCAUUCAGUUGUUUCAAGUACCGCUGGAAAAGGAAGGACAACUUGGAGGACCAAUCCUUGCACAGGAAGAGAUCAAGACCAUAUUUGGCAGCAUUCCAGAUAUUCUUGAUGUGCAUACUAAAAUCAAGGAAGACCUGGAAGAUCUUAUGAUGAAUUGGACUGAAAGCAGAAGUAUUGGUGAUAUCAUUCUUAAAUAUUCAAAAGACUUGUUGAAAACAUACCCUCCAUUUGUGAAUUUCUUUGAAAUGAGCAAGGAAACUAUUACAAGAUGUGAAAAACAGAAGCCAAGGUUUCACGCUUUCCUAAAAAUAAACCAAGCUAAACCAGAAUGUGGCCGUCAAAGCCUAGCUGAACUUCUUAUCCGUCCCGUUCAGAGGCUGCCUAGUGUUGCUCUGCUUCUAAAUGAUCUUAAGAAGCAUACAGCAGAAGAAAACCCAGACAAAGUAACUCUAGAGAGAGCUAUUGAAUCAUUAAAGGAAGUGAUGACACACAUUAAUGAAGACAAAAGAAAAACAGAAGCACAAAGGCAGAUCUUUGAUGUUGUCUAUGAAGUUGAUGGAUGUCCAGCCAAUCUCUUGUCCUCUCACCGAAGCUUAGUUCAGCGUUUGGAAACUGUUGCACUUGGUGAUGACCUCUGUGACAGGGGAGAGCAGGUCACACUCUUUCUGUUUAAUGAUUGCCUAGAGAUUGCAAGGAAACGGCAUAAAGUUAUCGGUGCUUUCAAGAGUCCUCAUGGCCACACCAGGCCUCCUGCGUGUCUCAAGCAUGUUGUUCUCAUGCCUCUCUCCCAGAUCAAGAAAGUGCUAGAUAUCAGGGAGACGGAAGAUUGCCACAAAGCUUUUGCCUUGGUUGUGCGGCCACCUACAGAACAGAACAACAAGCUACUCAGUUUCCAGAUGACAGCUGAAGAACCUCCUAAAGAAGACUGGUUGAAGACGUUGUGUCGGCACGUGGCUAACACAAUUUGUAAAGCAGAUGCAGAAAACCUCAUUUAUACAGUUGAUCCUGAUUCAAUUGAAGUAAAUACUAAAGAUAUGGACAGUACAUUAAGCAGAGCAUCCAGAGCAAUAAAGAAAACGUCAAAAAAGGUUACAAGAGCGUUUUCUUUCACCAAGACACCAAAGAGGGCUCUUCGAAGGGCUUUGAUGACACACAGUACAACAGAAGGACGAAGUCCCUGCUCAACUAACGAGAGUUAUAUAGGCAGCUCGUCAUUAGCGGGUGUUCCUUCUCCUUCGUUGGUCAGCCUUCCUUCAAUCUUUGAAAAAAGGAGUCACACAUUAAGUCGAUCAACAACCCACUUGAUAUGAAGCAGUUUUAAAAUACAAUGCCAUAUUGUAGUGACUGACAAGCAGCUGGCUGUUCGAAUGACCUGUUACUGACAUUAAUGGUACCUUAGUCAUUAGCACUUAGCAAAAUGUUAGAUAACACUAAGUUAAUCACAAGGUGUUUUAGUCAUAUUGAAGCAGAUCAGCUAAUCAGUGGAACAAGCAACUUGGUCUUUGUUUAAGACAAAGUUCUCUUGCACAAAUCUGUUUUCUCACCAGCAUAAUGGAAGCAUUUUCUUUCAUUAAACUGUCCCCUCUAGGCAAUAAACUAGUUUGUCAGAUUUUGAAAUGAAGAUGAUGUUCAUGUAACAUACCACUGUUUUGGAUGACGCUUGUGCUUGCCUUACGUCAUCAAUUGGCUGAGCACUCGAAUACCUGAGCUGUUGAUGUCUUCAGUGGAGAUGCGUUAUGAAAUACCUGACCUUUUAAGUAUGACAGUUGACCUGUUGUACAGCUGCUUAUUCUGGAUAUUUUGUAAAUGUAGCUGUUUAUAAAGAAAUAUUCUUAUUUGAGUGACUCGAUUAUAGUCUUCUGCAGUCUCACUGUAACACAGUGGUAAGUAAUUUAGGUUUAUUUGAACAGUAAGUUUAAAGGCCAGGACUAGCUUUGACCACCCAAAGUGAUUCAGGACAAUUCAGUUCUUUGAAGUGGAAGUCCAAGAAAAAUAAUUAUGCUCUGUUGUGCUGUUGUGUGUGGUGUUUCUUCUCUCCCUCUCUCCCUCCCUAAACAGCCAUAACAAAAAGGAACCUCCAAAUAGCUAACAGUUCUUCAUUUAAUACAUGAGAUUAUUGGUGGGGAGUUGAAACUUGAGGGCCUGGUUUUGGUGUGUUAAAUUUUAGGUGUAGUACUACUAAGGCUUUUACCCAAGUUGCUCAUAUAUUAACGUCUUCAUGCACACCCAUGUUUUUCUUUCAUCUCCUCUCAACAGACACUAUGAUCCAACACUAUCUCGGGAAUCAUCUAGAUAUGUAUAUUUCUGCAUUUCAUUAACGGUUUAACUGUCUGUUUGUAUUAGGAGUUCUCAACUUCUGCUUCUUUUUUUUUUUUUCUUUUUUUUUAACCACCACAACGCUGUCUUAUGUCUAUAUGUAAUUAGUGAUGCUUCCCAGUGUGUCAUAUUUUGUCUGUUAACUGUUUUUAUAUAGCUUUUUUUGUCAGUCCAAGCAAUGUAAAUAAACUGUUUAAAAUAACACUGCUUGUAGUUUUGCUAAACAGACUUUUAUAAAAGUCCACUUUUUUUAUAAAAAUAUUGUGUUGGGCUAUAGCCUACAAAUGUAUUCUGGCUAGCCAUAUAGCUAUAGUUAGUAAUAUAUAAGCUAGCAGACAAAAUCUACCAAAACUGAUCAUUGUUCUUUUUAUAUAUGCAUUGUUCUCCUCACCUCCGCCCUGCUCCUAACCCCCACAAAAAUAUGGAUAUGGGGGGCUUUUUGUCCUUAUCCACUCGAAGCAAACGUCUGAGUUAAAUAUGCACUGAAGUUUAUCAAAUAAGGAACCAUGAAGUGGCUGUAGGAAAUAAAUUGUUUAAUAAAUAUUAUCCUGAAAAAUCAA